UCUCAAUAAAUAUACACACGAACGCAAUGUUAAGCCUCAUUGUAACUAAGGGGAAGCCUUGUAAGUGCUGAAACUGUGACAAUGUUCUAUCUUGCUCAGUUGUUAAUUACGCGUGCCGCCGGCAAGAAUAAUGUUAAUUUAUUUUAAAUAAAACCUUGAAACUAGGAUAUUAAUCAACAUAAUUGGUGUGUUUCUAUUCAUAAUAUAAUAAAAUUAAUUUUAAUUUACAAACAUCUUCGUUGUGAUUAAGAAAAAAAAAGUGCCACUUCAGUAAGUAAUUCCAACGGAAGUAAAUGACAUUAUAAAAGAACAAAACUAUGUUAUAAUAAGUGGGGGGGACGAGAUGCAUUUAUUAUCAAAAAUUCGAAUAGUAAAACUGAAAUGUUUUUUAUUAAUAACAAUUAUUUUGUCUGUGUAUGUAUUCGUAUCGUAUUUAUUUCUUGAGAUACGGUAUACGCGUGAAAAUAAAAAUUUAACAAGGCCUAUCUUGCGGUACGUCGUUGUACAUUUGGACCUGAAAGGUUCGCCUCCGAGCCUUAAUUAUUUAGAGGAUCUUUUGCCUGUGCUAAAGAAACACGGAGCUAAUGGCCUGCUUGUGGAAUACGAAGAUAUGUUCCCGUACGAGGGCCGUCUCGUUAAUUUAAGGGCGAAGAAUUGUUACGAUAAAAUUGAACUUCAAAGAUUUUUAAGAGGGGCAAUUGAAUUGGGAUUCGAAAUAAUACCACUGAUACAAACCUUUGGACACAUGGAGUUUGUACUAAAACAAAAAGAGUUCUACCACCUCAGGGAAGAUCCUACGUAUCCAGAUUCGAUUUGCCCAACCAAGAUUGAAAGCCAGAUGCUGAUCAAAGAAAUGUUGAUUCAGAUGGUGAAUUUUCACAAAAACAUUUCGCCGCUAAAGUUCAUUCACAUCGGAUGCGACGAGGUAUUUCAUAUCAAUAAAUGCUAUGAAUGUUCACGGGAAAACUUUUCCAAUACGGACAUAUUCAUCAAACACAUACGAAAGAUUAAACAAAUAGUUGAAGACAUAAAUCCUGAAACAACAGUACUUAUUUGGGAUGAUAUGUUUCGUAGCAUCAAACUGAAAUCGUGGAACGAGAUCGGAUAUUUUAAUAAGAUUCAAACCGUUUAUUGGGAUUACGGAGCUAAUAGCAGCGUUUCGCAUGUUAACUUGCUGAAAUAUCACCGAAAAUUUGAUAACAUUUGGAUAGCUACAGCCUUUAAAGGUGCUGAUGGGCGUCUAAGCACAAUACCUAAUCUGAAAAAUCGGUUUUUAAAUCAUUUAAGCUGGUUAAAGUUGAUAGCCAACUAUAAAUUUGGAGGUGAAACAAAUUUUCAUAGUUUUGUCGGAAUUAUAUUAACUGGGUGGUCGAGGUACAGCCAUUUUGACCCUCUCUGUGAACUUUUGCCCGCUUCGAUCCCAAGCCUGCUAUUAAAUUUGCUUCUCAUUCGAAAAUUCAAUGAAGGCCACCUAUCAUACAAUAAUGCCAUCAAGGAAAUGGAUUUUCGUGAUUUUUUCAACAAAUACCUUCAGACUGAUUUCAGUGAUAGUCUGCAUUGUGUAAUCCAUGAUAUUGAAAAAACAAAUUAUUCACCUUGCAUUUUUGAUGGAUGUGAACUUUAUAACUAUCUUAGUGAGUUUCUCAAAAUCCACGAAAACGUUAUAUAUUAUUUUGAAAGUGAAAAACACGGGCUCUCGUCUUUACAAUAUUAUGCAAAUCAGAAGAAUCUCAUUAAUAUGAAUAACGCUGUAAUGAAUAUGAAAUUGUGUAAUGGCACACUUCAUGAAUUAUUCGACGUCGAAAGAAAAUUACUUGUAGUGAUGUCUCAGUAUUACGGAAACGAUACCAUUGAAGAGUACAUUAACGCGAAAAUGCUUCAUUUGAAACGUAAAUUAGAGGGAUCCAUGAAAAUUUUUAAAGAUUUAAUGGGUAUUCGUGCUUUUGAAACUAGUUUAAAACACCUUAAAUGGGAUUCGACUGUCUUGGAAAGCCAUUAAUUAACUGAUCUUAAAAACAUCCUCCCACGAAAUGCCUUCGCUGAAGUCGAAAAGAAAAGUUGGAGACGUGGAAAAAAUGGUCGGAAAUGUAACGCUUAAGAUGCCUGCUGAACUUUUUCUUGUUCUUGUUGAAACUUCGUCAGCAGGUUACAAACAACUUGACGACUUGUUGAGAAUCUAAUUUUGGAUAAGUUUAAAUGAAUCUUUGCUCGGAAAACGAUUGUUAAAAUAAAUUAUAUUCCACAA